AUGGACUGCUCGUCCUCCCGUCAUCCAUCCGCCCGAUUCCCCUUCAUCUUGACCGGCCUCUGGGACCGUCACCGACCAGGACCAGACCAAGCAGCGUCGACGCCGCCACCGACCCCAUCACCGGUUCCGUCGCAGGUUGAUGUCGCCCCGUCAGUUCACUCGGCGGAGCGCCUGCAGUUGAGUCGCGAGGCAGCACACAGGGAGGUGACCGAGGAGUUGGAGAGUCUUGUUGGACUUGAGAAUGUCAAACGACAGCUGAACGGCGUACAGAGCUGGGUUCAGAUCUGUCGCCGCCAUGGACGGGAUCCUCGCGAUGAGUGGUAUAACAUUGCUUUCCAAGGGAAUCCGGGGACAGGAAAAAGCACUGUCGCACGCCUCUAUGCCAAAAUGCUAUUCUCCAUGGGCAUAUCCGACUCUGAUGCCAUCCACGAGACCUCGGGCAAGGAAUUGCUCACCAAGGGCCCCGAUGGUGUCAGGGAUUUGAUCUGUACCAUGAUGCGCGCCGAUCUACCCGAGAUGUCGACAGCUGGUGUCCUCGUCAUCGAUGAUCCGCACCAUAUUUCCGAGUCGUCGGAGAGUGAGCGGGUGCAACAGACCCUUGGCUGCAUUCUGGAAGCGAUGGAGCGGAAAAGCGGGCGUAUCAUCGUCGUCUUCAUCGGUCAACGUUCCCUGAUGGAGAAGUUCCUGUGUGGCAGCCCCCAGCUCCGCGAGAGAAUCUGCAGCACCCUUCAUUUCGGGGACUUCGACCGACGCGAGUUGCUGCAGCUCUUAUGGCGGCGGAUCAAUCAAGGAUACCGCGGUCGCAUGCAAGUGGAAGGCGGUCCGGAGAGCCCAUACAUGCAAGUCGUGGCUCGUCGCCUUGCUCGUGGCCGGGGAAAGGACGGGUUCACGAAUGCCCACACUGUCCGCGAGCUCGUUGCCACUGUUGCUAGACGCCAGGCAGAAUACUUGAUGCAGCAACAAGACAGCGGCAGAGACGAUGUUGACUAUUUCUUCUUCUCGAGACAGGAUCUCUUGGGACCGGGGCCUGCCGAUAUCCGAGUGCAGAGUGAAGCGUGGCUGGCUUUGCAGCAGCUUGUAGGCCAGGAAUCCGUGAAAGCCUCGGUUCGUGAGAUUUUUGACCUGGCCGAGGAGAACUACCAAAGGGAAAUCAACAAUCAGCGACGCCUUGCUAUACGGACGAACCGAGUCUUUGUCGGUCCCCCUGGCACGGGCAAAACAACCGCUGCCAGACUCUACGCGCAAGUCCUCGCUGACUUGGGAUUGGUCGGCAAUGGAGAAGUCACUGUCAAGUCCUUGUCCGCUAUGGCCAGGCAAGGUGAAUCCCAAGGGUCGACCGGCGCGAAAACGCUGAUCAUUUGCGUCGAUGAUGCCGAGAUGUCGGCCGACGGAGACUCCAGUGCAUUGGGACACGCGCUGGAUACAUUGACCCAGGAGUUGUCCGACCGUCAAGAGGGUCGUUGCGUGAUUGCUGUUGGAUCUUCGUCUUCGAUGGGACCAAUCCUUCCCACGCUGAGAAAGCAGGCGAACGUCCUAGAUCAUCAGGUCAUCACAUUUGAAAGAUUCGGCCGAGAGCAGCUUAAACAGCUUCUCCAGACAAGGCUUCAAGAGCACGAGAUCGCCAUGACCCAUGAAGCUUUCUUGAAGGCCCUCGAUAUUCUGGACAGCAUUCGCAUGCGGAAGGAUUUCGAUAAUGCGAGUGCAGUCGAUCGCCUUCUCGAUGCUGCGAAUCAGGCCUUCGAAGAAAGGAGAUACAAGGCUCAGGAGCCUCCGACGAAGGCCGAACGGAUUCUCCAGGUGGAGGAUCUUACCUCUGGACAUCUGGGAGCUGGUUCAAUCAUCUGCUCCCGCAACGACAUGUUGCGUUCCCUCGUCCCAGAUGAGAUCAUCGGCCUUCUCGAGAGAUACAACAACGAGAUGAGAGCUUCCUGGAUCCAAGGACGCGACCCAGCACUUCGUGCUCCUCGUACCUUCGUUCUGAAGGGUGCAUGCGGAACCGGUAAAAGGGCCGUUGCACACCAUCUAGGAACACUUUACUACGAUAUGGGAAUUCUCGAUACGAAUGCUCUGGUGGAAUACUCAGUACUCGAUUUUGUCCCCUCCAACUCCGCCCAGACAUCUUUCCGCACACGAGGCCUGUUGGACAGCGCUCGUGGGAAAGCAUUGUUUAUCACGGAUGCGCAUCGGCUGGGGGACAGCGACACCACUGCACAGGUCCUGGACGAGUUUACCAACCUCCUACCUAAGUACCUGCAUCAGAUCGUCGUGAUGCUGGCUGGACCACCCCAUGAAAUGGACUGCCUGCUCGGGAACCGUCCCCGACUGGCGAGUCUAUUCCAAGAGGAAAUCACCUUCCGCACCCCAACGUCUCACGAGUCUCUUCGGUUCUUAGACCGACUUCUCCAGGAGGAGAGUAUCGGUGGAGAACGCCCGUUCCUUACGGACCCUCAAAGCCCGAGUUGUCGCGAGUUCUCCCGUGCGAUUCAUGUGUUGUCCAUGUUCCCCUGCUGGGAUAACAUCCGCGACAUCGACACGUUGAGGCGAUGGAUGGUAUCUGCGUGCAUGCAGAACGUGCCGCUGGACGGCACUUCCAUCCCUCAGCUUCAACUUGGCGAGGAGCAAGCCAUGGAGUGCAUGGUCAAGCUAUACAAUCUCAAGCGGGACCGACUUCGCUUCAAUCACGAUCCCAAGGCGCGGGCCCUUCCCCGUACCCUUUCGCAGCCUCGCAGCGUAGACCGGACUUCUGUGCGGUUUCCUGUCUAG